AUGUUGUAUACGACAGUGGUCUCACUUGGCCUUGCGACCAUCGCCCUUGCUCUCCCUACAGACAAGGAUAGCAAGGGUCUUGAGGCCAACAAGUUCAUCAUCGCGCUCAAGCCAACUGCCAAGGUAGACCUUGAUCUGCACGCUCGAUGGGUAUCGGAUGUGCACGGACAAGCCCUUGCUCGUCGCGGCGUCGAAGCUGGUGGGAUUGACAAAACCUUCAGCUUUCCUGGUUUCAAGGGAUACUCUGGCUCUUUUGAUGAGGAUACAAUUGAGAUUAUUAAGGCCAACUCUAGUGUCUUGCAUGUUGAACCUGAACAGACCUUCACGAUCGCUUCGCCAGUCACACAGCAAUCUCCUCCCUGGGGUCUAUCCGCAAUUUCCAACGCCAAUCCCCCAUCUUCAAAGGCCUCGUACACUUACGAUUCGACAGCCGGUGCAGGAACUUUCGUCUAUGUUCUAGACAGCGGCAUCUUCCUUGAGCAUGAGGAAUUUCAAGGCCGCGCUGUUUUCGGUGCAGAUACCUCAGGCAUUUCCAGCAAGAAGCAGCACGGCACGCUUGUCGCUGCCGUCGUCAACGGUGCCACAUACGGAGUAGCCAAAAAGGCCACUGUUGUAGAUGUACAAGUUUUGGGCGAUGACAGCGGUUCUUCUAGCGGUGUUCUGUCGGGUCUUAGCUGGACGGUCAACGAUGUAGUGUCAAAGAACCGCGCUGGCAAGGCUGCGAUCAACAUGAGUUUGUCAGGAGGUAAUUCGAUUAUCUUCAACGAGGCGGUGCAGAAAGCGAUUGACGCCGGAAUUCCUGUCGUCGCAGCUGCCGGUAAUGCCAAUGAAGAUGCUUCAAAAAGCAGUCCCGGGAACCAACCUAACGUUAUCACCGUCGCAGCCAGCAACAAAGACUAUCAGCGAUGGGCGUGGUCCAACUGGGGUUCAGCGUGUGAUAUCUUUGCUCCAGGUCAAGAUAUCACAUCGGCUUGGCCCACGUCUGCUUCGGCAACCUACAUCGCAAGCGGCACGUCAGAGGCUUCUCCGCAUGUUGCAGGCGUUGUUGCCUACCUUUUGGCGCUGGAAGGUUCGCGAACGCCGGCUCAAAUUUGGUCGCGACUUAAGGAGCUGGCGAUCAAGGAUAAGAUCACGGAUGUCAAAGGGGUUCCAAACCUAUUGGUGUACAACGGCAUUGGCAAAUAA